GCUUACCCUCUGAAGCUGGGGAAAACGAUCGUUCCAGUUUACUGUCACAUGACAACACUUGAUGGAUGUGGGGGUGGUGGUUGGACUCUGGUGAUGAAGAUGGAUGGUUCAAAGGACACCUUUCAUUACAAUCAAUUAAUUUGGUCCAACAAGCUAGUAUACAACCCUUUUGCUGGCUCGACUGGGUUUGACGGGCAUGAGACAAUGUUACCAACAUACUGGGAAACGAAAUUCAACAGGAUCUGUCUCGGUAUGAAAAGCGGCAACAAAGUCAACUUCAUCGCCAUCAACAUGACAGCUUACUCCUUGUACUCUCUGAUCGCUGAUGGGAAAUACCGCCAAACCUCACUAAACCGAGACAAAUGGAAGUCACUGCUUCCUUCAAGAGCCUCACUACAAUCAAACUGCAACCGGGAAGGAUUUAACGCAUUCUGUACAGCUUUUGGUGCCCAACAACCCAAGGCUCGAAUCGGUAUCCUUGCUAACGAGCAGAAUACCUGCCACAGCUGUGAUUCCAGGAUCGGUUUUGGUACUGGGGGUCAUCCUGACUACUCGAACUCGUGUGGAAAUGUGGCAGUGCACCAAGCCGAUAAUGGGGAUAAAAACAUCAAAACUAUGGGCUACAUUCUUGUUCAAUAA